ACUACUAGCUCAAAAAUGAAAUUCAUCAUCCUCGCCGCCAUUUUCGCUGUCGCUGCCGCCGAUUCUUACAGGUCAGCCGAAUACGCUCCCAAGUACGAAGCUCCGGCAUACAAAUCUACAUAUGAAGCCAAAUACGAGACUCCCCAACCUUACGACUUCAGCUGGGCCGUCAAUGAUUACUACAACGACUACGGACACUCUGAGAAGAGCGACGGCAAUGUAGUAACCGGAUCAUACCGUGUCGUCCUUCCCGACGGCCGCACCCAGAUCGUCACCUACAAGGCCGACAGCUACGGAUAUGUCGCCGACGUCAAGUACACCGGUGAAGCCAAGUAUCCCGAAUACGUCGCAAACAACUACAAAGCUACCACCUACUCCGCUCCUGCUUACAAGCCCACUGCUCCCACCUACUCGGCUCCUGCUUACACCGCUCCCACAUACACUGCCUCGGCCAAAAAGAGUCCCACCUACACCGUCACCGCUCCCACAUACUCUGCCCCUGCCCCGGCCCCGGCUUACACCGCCACUCCGGUCUACAAAGCCCCCGCAGUCCAGCCGCAGUACUAAAUUGAAUGUUGAUUCAAACAAUCGAAAUAUCUGUAUCUAAACUUAUAAUUUAAUAAAAAAUUCAAUUCGAUCAAA